GUCCAUUUUCAUUUUCUCUUUUUUUUUUUUCCUUAUUACAUUUUCAUAUUCGAAUCUUUCUCUCUCUCUCUCUAUCAAAUCAGAUUCUAGAAAGAAGAAGAAAGGGGAGAAUCAUCGCAUCGGGGCAUGGCUUCACCGAGCAAACGCCGAGAGAUGGACAUGAUGAAAUUGAUGAUGAGUGAUUACAAGGUGGAUACAAUCAACGACGAUUUGCAGAUGUUCUACGUCACUUUCCAUGGCCCCACUGACAGUCUAUAUGAGGGAGGUGUAUGGAAGAUCAAAGUCGAACUUCCUGAAGCUUACCCUUACAAAUCUCCUUCUGUUGGUUUCGUUAACAAGAUCUAUCACCCCAAUGUUGAUGAAUCUUCGGGCGCAGUUUGCUUAGAUGUAAUAAACCAGACAUGGAGCCCAAUGUUUGAUCUUAUCAAUGUCUUCGAGUCAUUCCUUCCGCAACUGCUUCUAUAUCCAAACCCUUCUGAUCCAUUCAACGGAGAAGCUGCCUCUCUCUUGAUGCGAGACCGUGCAGCCUAUGAGAAGAAAGUCAAAGAGUAUUGCAAGGCAUAUGCUAAACCAGAGGACAUAGGAGCACCUGAGGAGAUCUCAAGUGAUGAUGACGAUGAUGAAGAUGAUAGCAUGAGCGAGCGUGGUUCAGACUCUGAUGACAACGAUGAAAUUGCUGGAAAAGCCGAUCCUUGAUCCCCCUAUGUUACAAAUCAAUAUUUCUUUGCACUUUGAUUAGUUCAUUUACAAAUAUAUAAACAACAUUGAUGUUCACUGCAUAUUGAGGAGAACAAUCACUCCUCUGUAAAUUUGUAAACUCUGUUUAAUUCUUUAGGAAUAUUGAAAAUUUCAUUUGCUUCAA